GGACUCUAGGAAAUGCACUUGUGGGCGUCGUUUAGAGAGUCUAAUAAGGACAUACGCCUCUUGUGGGCCUCUGUGUUUGCCAGGAUGUGUGGUUUUGGGCUUACCAACCAAGUUUUAGUGCUCUACCUUGAGUUAAUCGGGGUAGAAGAAUCAAAGAUUGGGUUAUUCAUGACAUUGACAUUAUGGGGAGACACUUUUAUUUCGUAUUUGUUGACGUGGUAUGCGGAGGCAAUUGGAAGAAGAAGAGUCAUGGUGAUGGGCACCAUUAUGAUGAUGGGGUCAGGGUUGGUCUUUGCAAGUUGUUCCAACUAUGUACUAUUGGUGUUAGCAGCCAUAUUGGGGGUUAUUUCACCUAGCGGUGAUGAGACCGGGCCAUUCAAGUCAGUGGAAGAAGCCUCGAUUGCGCAUUUGACUCCCCAUAAUCACCGACCCGAAAUCUUUGCCAUCUAUGGCUUAUUUGGCACUGCUGGUGCCGCGAUGGGCUCGAUCACCGCUGGGUUUGUCGUUGACCACUUGAGCAAGAGCUUGGCUUGGAGCCUUGAGUCGUGCUACCGGUGGGUAUUCAUCAUCUAUGCCGGGAUCUCGGUUUUGAAGUUGGUAUUCAUGUUGGCGUUGAGCGAAAAAUGUGAAAUCAGCGAUGAUGAUGAAGACGAAGAAGAGGACGAAAUAACCGACGAAUCAUCGUCACUUCUACCCAGCGAGACUCCGGCCACUUCUCAAAAGGGCUCUCUUGGAUUAUCAUUACAAACCCAGCACUAUUUACCCCGAUUACUUAUUAUCUUCAUGCUAGACUCGUUUGGCUACGGCCUUUUUCCUUCUGCUUGGGUAGUAUACUAUUUCAAAAAAGUCUUCAAAGUCACUGCCAGCGGAUUGGGACUCUUGUUUUUCUGUACCAAUGCCAUUGAUGCCAUUUCUUCAUUACCCUCGGCCUUCUUCGCUAAACUCCUAGGUCCAGUCAAAGCCAUUCUCUUCACCCAAGCACCUUCUGCUGUGCUUUUCAUGAUGAUCACCUUCACCAGCGAAUUCUGGGUGGCUGCACUCCUAUACUUUGCCAACUGUGCAACAAGCACCAUGGACGUGGUACCAAGACAGAUUUUGCUUACAUCAAUUGUUCAGAAAAACGAACUCACUAAAGUCAUGGGGGUGGUAAACAUCGGUAAGACUUUUGCAAGAAGUAUAGGUCCGUUGUUCACCGGGAAACUAGCUGAACAUCCUGGUGCAUUGAAAUAUGGCUUUGUCAUGAAUGCUUCUUGUGUACUAUUAGCCGAUUUGAUCCUUGCUACUAACUUUCUACAAAAAGACUCUUUGAUCAAGAAACAACAAAGUAAACACCAGCAAAUCCAGUAGCCCUUAACGAAUCCUUCGCUUACGAUAUGCCUUAUGUCUUUCUUCUCUUAUUCUACUUCCUCUUUCUUUAAUAUAUACUUUGUCUAUAAGUCUAUUUAGCAAUUGAGACUGCAAAAAAUGAAAAAAGUGCACUACAUGCAGUCAUUUAUUGCGGGGCGAUAUAAAUGAUAUGAUCAAGUCUCU